UGGUGUAGGUUUUAUGCUACCUUGUUUUCAGAUGUUGAGUCAUCAGAUUUUUUUUUUCCUGGUAGUGAGUGUAUUUCAUUUCAGGCUGGUUAACUGUCAUUUAGGCCAUACAUUUUCUAUUAAAUAAAAUGAAAUUACUGCUGAGCCUAAGGAUGCGGAUGAGGCUGGGGCUUGCAGCCUGGCUACACGUGAUUCAGAUAUGCUUUCUUUCCUUUAUAGUAUGAUUUAGAUGUGUAUAGAUAUUCUAUGAGUUUUUGCAAUCCAUGCAUUUGAAUCAUCAUAUAUGCUUAUGAUUUUAAUGCACCAAAAACCACCUAUGCAAUCUCAGCCCUGCAAAUGCGUCAGCAUAUCAAGCUCAUGGACUUGACAUGGAUAUGUUUGAUGUCACCUAGGUGCGGAACCAAUUGUCCAUUCCAAUGUUACCAAGAUCACCAACCCACCUCAUUCUUUUGACAAAAAAGAAAAUGAAAAAGAAAAAAAGGUGGCACUUCUAGCAGUCAUAGAUAUUAUUGUCCUCAGCCCCUAGAGUCUGCAUUUGGAUGUUCUGAUUUCUUUGUGCAUGCAGUUUUUUUUCCAUUGAAUUCAAUAUCAGUGAGUUUCUCAAAUGUAGGAUGUUUUGCUAGCAGUGAUUUCUUUGUUCUGAUUCCUUUUACUUUAUACUAAUGUUUUUAUUCUCAAAGUUUAAUUUAUCUAUUUCAUUAUGGCGUUUUCUCAUAAGUUGCAAGCUCUGGUUGAGGACUACAUUUUCAGUGGAGGCAUCUUCUCUAUGUCGGUAUUUCAGUAUACUAAUGAGGAAAAAAGCUCUCAAGUGGAGCCUGAAUUCAUAGAUAAAUCAGCUGAUAUUUCCAUGGGAUGUGUCUCGCAUUUGAGCAUCAACGUAGGCAAAAGCAAUCCCAACAAAAACAAGACUGAUUCAAUUCCAUCUUCAAUAGACAACAAGGUUAGUUCCAUAAAGAAGGAAUAUGAUCAAGCCCAAUUUGAGCUCAAUUUGAGUCGUUUAAAGAUGAAAGAAUGUGAUGCUGAGAUCAGUGCCAUUGUCAAGGAGCAACAGAAGCUUCAACAUAAAAUUAGUGAUGCAAAUGUUGAGAGGAAAAAAUUGGAAAACAAGAUUAAGCGAAUGGAGAUGGAACAGUAAGAUUGUUCCCUGAAGCCUUGAGAAGAGGGUCAACAAAAAAGUUAUGGCAAUGUUCGAGAAAGCUGAAGAUGAAUACAAUGACUUAUUAUCCAACAAAAACAUCAUUGAGAAUGAUAAGUCAAAAAUCAAGAAGGUGAUUGAAGAGCUUGAUGAAAAGAAGAAGGAAACACUAAAAGUUACUUGAGUUAAAGUGAGCAACUGACCAGCUAAAGAAGUCAGUGGAGGAUGAAAUUCAUUUUCUCAAGGGAAGGGUUUCAGAACUUGAAAGCGAUCUUGUGUCGAAGUCCACAGAAGUUACAUCUGAAGUUUUCAGGAAAGAAAAAGCUUUAUCUUCUACAUUUGCUGAAAUUGACCGUCUGAAGGAAGAAGAUUCUAUGAAAACGUGAGCGUUAUUGAAUGCAUAUGGUGGGUGUUUAUUGUGUUGGAGUGUAUUUAUUUCUUGCACAUGAGGGCACGCCUUAGUUGUAAUUCUUAUGAUAGGUUGAGCAAAGUGAAGUAUUGUUUAUUUAGAAAUGUGAAUGUAGGAUGCAUUGUAUGAUUUGAUUGCUAUUUGUAAUAAAUGCAUCAUUUUUUAUUGCA